AUCGCCUUCCGUCUCUGUGUGCGUGCGUUUGUUGGUGACUGGGUGUAGAAAGAGAGGAUUCUGAGAAACGCAAAUAAUCUGUCUAAAAACAAAGUGGCUGCUGAAAAGAGCAGAAAUAAGUGUGCAAAAAUCGAUUCUAGCAAAAUCAAUAUAACAUAAACCCCAUAGCAACACACACUCUGAGAGGGAGUACAUCACACCACACAGAGAAUAAAGUAACCGUCCGAUAAAUCCGAUACACCCCGCAUCAUCAGUUUUGCAUUGCAUCCCAAACAACAGAAAAGGAGCCCUACAAGCGACACGGAUUGAUCAUGGCCACAACACCACGCAGCGGCGGUGCCGGCUCAGGAACGGCACAGCGACCGAAUGGAACCUCUCAGAACAAAAGUUGCCAAUUCAAGCUGGUGCUCCUGGGUGAAUCGGCUGUCGGCAAGUCGUCGCUUGUGCUGCGCUUUGUCAAGGGACAAUUCCAUGAAUAUCAGGAGAGCACGAUAGGUGCGGCCUUUCUAACACAAACCAUUUGCAUAGAGGAUACUGUGGUGAAGUUUGAAAUUUGGGAUACAGCCGGCCAGGAGCGGUACCACAGCUUAGCUCCCAUGUAUUAUAGAGGUGCGCAGGCCGCCAUUGUUGUCUAUGAUAUACAGAAUCAGGAUAGUUUUCAGCGUGCAAAGACCUGGGUCAAGGAACUGCAUAAACAAGCCUCACCAAACAUUGUCAUUGCGCUGGCCGGCAAUAAGGCGGAUCUGUCAAACAUUCGUGUCGUGGAGUUUGAUGAAGCGAAGCAAUAUGCCGAGGAGAAUGCCUUGCUGUUCAUGGAAACGUCUGCGAAGACGGGCAUGAAUGUCAACGAUAUCUUUUUGGCCAUUGCCAAAAAACUACCUAAGAACGAUGGCGCCAACAAUCAGGGAAGCAGCAUAAGGCCGAAUGGGAACGAAACAAAUCGACCGACGAACAACUGCUGCAAGUGAUGUCCCUUUGUAGAAAAUGAAAUUUCCAACGAGAGAUUUGAAAAGUUUAUGCUGAUAAUUAUAAAUAAAAAAAAUUAUUUAAAAAUUUAACAAAAAAAAGAAAACCGAAAAGAGAAACACAUACCUAAAAAAAAGCAAAAACGAAAAGAACAACCGGCUCUCAUAGGGGCAAGAAAUAAAUUUUCAUAAUUGCUAAUUAAUUGGUGAUGAGAUGAGAACCGAAAGAAACGUUAUAAUAAAAACAAAACCAUAUAAUAUUAAUUAUAAAUUAAAUAUAAAACAGAAAAAACAGAGGAAGAAGCCUCCCCAAGCUUCACUUCACUAUCCAUUCAUUUAGAAACGAAGCGAAAGCGAUUUCCAUAUCUGACACGCCUAGAGAGCCCUCCCACAACAGACCACUCCCCAAGAAAAUGUGCUAAUCAGAAUUCCACACACACAAACACAC